AUGAAGGGAAGAGCAGAUGGAGGGCAAAAGAAACGGGUGAUUGCUUUGGUUUGCAUCGCCGCGGUCGUCCUUGUUUUCGUAUAUCUGUUCUAUGGCUCCUCUGAUAAUAGAGCAUCAGCUAUUGAAUAUGGGAGAAAACUAGGGUUGGGUGGGGAUGAAGAUGGGAACAAACAGGAUGAUACUUCUAGCUCGUUUGGUCUUGAUGAUGGUUUCACGCCGAGAAGUUUUCCUGUUUGCGAUGAUCGGCAUUCAGAGCUUAUUCCUUGCUUAGACAGGAAUCUCAUAUAUCAAAUGAGACUGAAGCUGGAUUUGUCUUUGAUGGAGCACUAUGAACGCCAUUGUCCUCCUUCUGAAAGACGGUUCAAUUGCUUGAUUCCUCCUCCUAAUGGAUAUAAGAUUCCAAUUAAAUGGCCGAAAAGCAGAGACGAAGUGUGGAAAGUGAACAUACCUCAUACUCACCUUGCACAUGAGAAGUCUGACCAAAACUGGAUGGUUGUUAAAGGAGACAAAAUCAAUUUCCCAGGUGGAGGCACACAUUUUCACUACGGGGCUGAUAAGUAUAUUGCAUCGAUGGCAAAUAUGCUUAACUAUCCGAACAAUAUUUUGAAUAAUGGAGGAAGGUUAAGGACAGUUUUUGAUGUUGGUUGUGGUGUUGCGAGCUUUGGAGGUUAUCUUCUAUCAUCGGAUAUUUUAACAAUGUCUUUGGCUCCAAACGAUGUGCAUCAGAACCAAAUCCAAUUUGCUCUUGAGAGAGGGAUUCCUGCCUCCCUCGGUGUUUUAGGGACAAAGAGGCUCCUGUACCCAAGCAGAUCUUUUGAACUUGCUCAUUGUUCACGUUGCAGAAUCGAUUGGCUUCAAAGGGACGGGAUUCUUCUUCUUGAGCUAGACAGAGUACUCAGACCUGGUGGUUACUUUGCAUAUUCAUCUCCAGAGGCAUAUGCUCAAGAUGAAGAGGACCUCAGAAUCUGGAGAGAAAUGAGUGCUCUUGUGGAGCGUAUGUGUUGGAAGAUAGCUGCAAAAAGGAACCAAACUGUUAUUUGGGAGAAACCUUUGACAAAUGAUUGUUAUUUGGAAAGAGAACCCGGAACUCAGCCUCCUCUUUGCCGUUCUGAUAAUGACCCUGACGCUGUAUGGGGCGUAAACAUGGAAGCUUGUAUUACUCCUUACACUGACCAUGACCACAAAACCAAGGGAAGUGGAUUAGCUCCAUGGCCAGCUCGGUUAACCUCUCCUCCUCCUAGGCUUGCUGAUUUUGGCUAUUCAAAUGGCAUGUUUGAGAAAGACACGGAACUUUGGAGGCAGAGAGUGGAUAGUUAUUGGGAUCUCUUGAGUUCUAGAAUCGAAUCAGAUACAGUGAGGAACAUAAUGGACAUGAAAGCAAGCAUGGGCUCCUUUGCUGCUGCUUUGAAAGAUAAAGAUGUAUGGGUAAUGAAUGUUGUUCCCGAGGACGGACCUAACACGCUUAAACUGAUAUAUGAUAGAGGUUUAAUGGGCGCCGUUCAUAGCUGGUGUGAAGCAUUCUCUACAUAUCCAAGGACCUAUGAUCUUCUCCAUGCUUGGGACAUUAUAUCAUAUAUCAAUAAAAAAGGGUGUAGUGAAGUUGAUUUGUUACUAGAGAUGGAUCGAAUACUGCGCCCGAGCGGGUUUAUAAUCAUAAGGGAUAAACAGAGAGUGGUGGAUUUGGUGAAGAAGUAUCUAAAGGCAUUGCAUUGGGAGGAAGUAGGGACUAAGAUAGAUUCAGAUUCAGAUCAAGAUUCAGACUAUGUUGUAUUCAUUGUCCAGAAGAAGUUGUGGUUGACUAGUGAAAGCCUUAGAGAUAUGGAGUGA